CUGAUCAGCUGGUCCCAGGUCGACUUGGCUCCUGUAUCUGAAGGUUUCUGCAGAUACGAGACGUGCAGGAUUUCCUCCUCUCCCCGGACAUAAGCCGCUCCUCUGGCUUAUUUACAUACAGAAACAGAAUGAGCACGCAUUUCAGGAGCGGACCAGCCUUCGGACUCUCAGCUGAAGUCAAGAGUAAGCUGGCCGGCAAGUAUGACCCGCAGAAGGAGGAGGAGCUGCGGCUGUGGAUCGAGGACGUGACCGGCAAAAGGAUGGGGGACAACUUCAUGGAGAGUCUGAAAGAUGGAGUCCACCUGUGCGAACUCAUCAACGUCCUUCAGCCAGGUUCAGUAAGGAAGAUCAACCGCUCCACUCAAAACUGGCACAAGCUGGAAAACAUAGGGAAUUUUGUCCAUGCGCUCACGGAGUACGGCCUGAAGCUACACGACAUCUUUGAGGCCAACGAUCUAUUUGAAAAUGUCAACCACACUCAGGUCCAGAGCUCACUCAUCACUCUAGCUGGAAUGGCCCAGUCUAAAGGUUUCCACUCUAAGUACGAUUUAGGAGUAAAAUAUGCUGAGAAGCAGCAGCGACGCUUCGCUCCCGAGAAGCUCAGGGAAGGACGGAACGUCAUCGGCCUGCAGAUGGGCACCAACAAGCUGGCCAGCCAGAAGGGCAUGACCUCUUACGGAACACGACGUCACCUGUACGAUGCCAAGAUCUCCAUGGACAACCCCAUGGACCAGUCCACCAUCAGCCUACAGAUGGGCACCAACAAAGGAGCCAGCCAGGCGGGAAUGACGGCUCCAGGGACCAGGAGACACAUAUUUGACAAGAAGCUGAACCUGGAGACCUGCGACACCAGCACCAUUUCUCUGCAGAUGGGCACCAACAAAGUGGCGUCCCAACAAGGCAUGACCACCUACGGCCUGCCCCGCCAGGUUUACGACAACAAGUACUGCCCCAACCCCACCGAAGGCUUUUACGACAACGGGAGCGAGCUGGAGUUUGACGGCUACAACCAGUACUCCGACUGAGGAGUCCACGGACCGCCUCGUCCCCACAUCCCUCCCUUUGUGCUUUAACGUCAGACAACCAACCACAACUGUCUUUGUGAUGAGCAAACCUUCCAGACUGUUAUUUAACUCAGAUUGACGUCAUUGUCGUCUUCAUACCCUGUCUUUUCUAAACAUGUUUUUAUCCUUAAGAAUUUAUUUGCCUUUCCAUGACUAAAAGGAAAAAAAAAAAUAGGUGUUUACACUGACCUUGUCAAAAGAUGUCAUUCUGUAGCCCAUUUCUAUCGCCCUGGUUAGUGUUAUUACAGCUAGAAUAAACCCAAACAACACUCACAAGUUGAUUUAUUGACCUUGCUAUUUAUAGAUUUUUUUUUUUCUACAGCUUUUUUUACUUGCAAUUUGAGAUUUUUUAGCUCUUUAUAGUUGUAACGUCACAUUCUUGCCCUUCCAAACCAGUUUUGAGACUGAUGAAGCAGUACCUGAACAUCCCUAGGGAGGAAACGGGAGACAGUGUUGGUGCUGUUGAACUUUGGCCGGUUGGAACAGAGCCCACGUCCACAUUAGAGCUCUGAAGAAUCUGUUCCAGCUUUGGGAUGAACACGGGAGCUCCAGAUCCAGACGGACCAGUGUGCUGAGUGCAGGAGGACUUUGCUUUGUGCAGAUACUGCUUCGUUUUGAGCGCAUGCGCUGACAGUUAAGUUAACAAGCCUGGAAAGUUACUCUGCAUGCCAUUUUACGGGGUUAAUUAAUGCAGUCUGUUUGCAGCACUUAUAAAUAUUUGGUUUUUGAGAGAGUAUUUUGUUAUCGUAGAGGCUUCUGUGACAUGGAUUCCCCUGCUUUUUAUAAAAGGAGCAUUCAUGUAUGUAGGCGUUUGAAGUUUGGUAAAGUUAUUAACCAGGAGUUUUUUGUAUCGCACGCAUGCCUUCCAUCCUUUCAGGUUUCCUUUUGCAUUAUGCCGUAGUAGUAAAUCUUUUAGUGUUAUUGCUCUAUUUGCACUUUAGCUGGCUUCACCUUGUGUGCAGAAAACAGUGGUGUUAUGUACCAAAGUGCAUUUAUUCAGAUACUGUUCUUUACUCUAAAUUUGAGGUAGCUAGACUUGAUUAUUUAAUACCAAUUUAUACCUCUACUGUACUACAAUUUGAGUGGUAAUACUGUCCUUUUUUUUUUUUUUAACUUAAUGCAAUUGCCAGUUACUACGACGGAGUAUUAGGGCCAAACUAAGAAAAAAAAUAAUAAAUUACGAAAAUAAAGUCAUAAUAAUAUGAGAAUAAAGUCCUAAAAUUACGAGAAUAAAGUCGUAAUAUUACGAGAAUAAAGUCGUAAUAUUUUGAGAAUAAAGUCAUAAUAUUAAAUAUAUUAUAAAUAUAUAAAUAUAACUUCACAAGAUGCUCAAUAUUCAACAUUUUAACACAAUCUUCCUGUUAGAGUUCUCAAUUACCACUUUAUUCUUGUAAUAUUACAACUUUAUUCUCGUAAUAUUACGACUUUAUUCUUGUAAUAUUAUGACUUUAUUCUCGUAAUAUUACGACUUUAUUCUUGUAAUAUUACGACUUUAUUCUCGUAAUAUUACGACUUUAUUCUAUUACGACUUUAUUCUCGCAACAUUAUGACUUUAUUCUCGUAAUCUUACGACUUUAUUCUCAUUAUAUUAUGACUUUAUUCUCGUAAUUUCCCAUUUUUUUUUUGUCUUAGUUUGGCCCUAAUACUCCGUCGUAAGUUACAGUAUAGUUAGAGUUAAAUUUCCCUCUGACGCUCACUGUGUUUACACACUGUAGAACUUCUUCUUGCGUAAAGUGUCCAAGUACUAAUACUGUACACCCACCGAAUGUCUUGAAUGUAACGUCAUUCUUAUGUUGGAGGUGCCACUCGCUACCACUAAUUGCACAGCUUUUUAAUCUCAAGCAGAAAAGGUGCUUUCACUUUCAUGCUUUGAAUGCCGUUUAGGCAAAAUAAAACAGCCAUAAUUUAGGACUUGUAGAAGAGUGCCAUCUAGUGUCGCUCUCUUGACUUUUAUAGAGAGAAUUUUAACUGCAUUGUGCAUCCAAUUCCCUACAUUUACUCAGCCAAAAAUAGCAUCGUAGACUUGUUUUUAACUGUUUAAUAAUUUAUCAAUCACUUAACCCAAUAACCAGAAUGGCACUGAUGUUGACUAAAUAUAAAGGAGUAUUUCACCUGAUUGUUUUGGUGUAUGUUUCAACAUCUUUACUAACCUUUUUUCCCCUUUUGCCCCUUUCACCAAACAUGUCAUAUGUGCAAUAAAAACACUUCAAAAUGA